AUGAACUAUACAAACCCUCACUCGUGCCAUCAUUGCGAUGGCAUCAUCCUUUCGCUCCCAGAGGAUAAUCCCGAUUUAUACGAGAUCGUGGAGCCCAGCCAAUCUCUCCUCUUACUUCGAGUACUAAGAACGCUGCUACGCAACAACUCGAUCCUCGAAGCGCUGGAGCGAACAUUUCUUGUCGAGGUAGACGACAUGCAGAUCGCCCAUGCCGUUUCUGAAGGGUGUCUUUUUUACGAAUUCGUGUCUUCCGGAUUGAACAAGAUACGAAAACCCAAAACAGUCUCGAAUGACGCUGAGGAGGCGCAUGGUGGUGACAGUCAGAGACCGGCUCGCUUCUGGAUUGGUAUCAAGCUGGAUGACAAUGCUAUCGAGAUCAGUGCCUUCUACAAUACAACGCGUGGUAGUAUUACAAGUGAGAGUUUGAAAUACCAAGUCCUUCACCAUUGCGUUUUCGGGGUCUUCGCUGAAGAAGGGCCUGCAGCCGACAAGUUCGAAUCACUCGCGAGCACAAAUGUAUCGUCCGAAACAUCAUUCGCCCAGGCACGCCAUUGGCUGCAAGACUGUGUCCAAAAUCAUGUCGAAUGUUCUCGCCUUACUACAAGAAGAAGCUUCACGCCAACCAGAUUAAUCAAGAUUUUUACUCGUCAAGGAAGGAGAAUACUUCAGUUAACAGAGCCACAUGGAGGUCAAGUACCAUACGCAGCCCUGUCCUAUUGCUGGGGAGGAGAGCAAAUUGUUCAGACAACGACGCAAAGCAUUCUUCGUCAUCGGACACGGAUCAAUUUCCAAGAUCUACCCCAAACCAUCAAGGACGCAGUGGUCGUGACAGAGAAUCUCGGCCUUCAACACCUCUGGGUUGAUGCGCUCUGUAUCAUUCAGGAUGAUGAGGGUGACAAAGCCUGCGAAAUUGACCUCAUGGGACAUGUCUACGAGAACGCUCAAGUCACCAUAGCAGCAUCGAGGGCGGAGAGAGUCCAAGAGGGGUUCCUGCAGGACCUGAUACCAUAUGGAUGCAACAAACAAGACUGGGUCUUUAAGAUGCGCUAUCGUGAUCUAGAAGGCCAAGUCAGUCCCGUGGUCAUCGCCCCAAAGCUUUUUCGGCCGCCGUUAGACUAUUUGUCGAACAGAGCUUGGGCUUUCCAAGAACGACUGCUCUCACGUCGGAUUCUCGAAUAUAGUGCCGCCUGUGUGCACUGGACUUGUCAGUCGCACAGCGAUUGUGACAGGCGGGGAGGAAAGUGCUCUGUUCAAGAGCUCAAGAAAAACACGAAAGUCUCUCGUGGCGUAUUAUAUCGCAAUGAAGCUGUUACUCCCGAGGCAUGGCAUACGCUUGUCGAUGAGUUCUCGAAACGGUCGCUUACUCUGCCCGAGGACCGCCUUCCAGCCAUAGGAGGUAUCGCCGAGCGGUUUGGUCUCCAGUCAGAAGAUCGGUACCUAGCUGGCAUCUGGCAAUCGCAUCUCCCCUCUGGACUUCUCUGGAUUGUUGACAGAUUCGCGAGAGGAUCGCCUCAAACCCUACCCCAAGCUUCGGCCUGGGUUGCCCCAACAUGGUCCUGGGCAUCCACAAUGCGUCCUAUUAAUGGCCGUGUUUUUGUCGAUUCUGGAAUUUCCCAAGUCGACAUCCUCAGAGUCAACAUAAGAGCUGUAGCGGAAGGGGCUGUUUACGGAAAGGUUAUCUACGGCAGUCUUACACUACGUGGAGUCGUCAUACCCGUCGAUUGGAAAUUGCCACAGGAAACGGAGAAAUACAGCAACGGUACUAUUUCCAAUAUUCCUUCCAUUAGCAUCCACAGAGACGGUGUGGAUGCAAGCUUACCCACAGAUGGCAUGACCGCAGUCCGUGCCUACCUAUUGGUUGUCGUCGCGAGCAGCGACAUGAUGGAUUUGACUGGGUUGAUUUUGCGUCAGCAUUCUGAUCAAACAUAUAUUCGGAUGGGAGUCUUUCAUGUACCUUACUGUCCGGCAGAUAAGGAAAAGUAUCCAAACCUAGCUCGUGGCCUUUUGAGAAGCAACAGAGAGGAGGAAGUCACAAUUGUAUGA